AUGCUCUCUCGCCCGGGCCGUCCCCCCAAGCGGUGCUCCGCGGCUGGGCUUCAGGAGGGCCCACGCCUGCUUCACCCUGGUCUGCCCGGCCUGCUGUCCCCCAACCUGCUGUCGCACACUGGUCUGACGGCAGCAGCGAUGGCCGAACUCCAGAAGCUGCAGAAGAUGAAGAUGAUGAUGAGUUUACAGAACGGCAACGAGUCGGACAACGAGGAUCUCCACUCCAACACCGGUGGGAGUGAGUGUUCGUGGGAGAAGGAACGCUUGACGAGUCCUGCGGCCCUCAGCGGGACCCCGGCCGGAGGAGCGGGGCAGGGGGCGGGGCCUACGGGAGGGGGAGGAGCCGCUGGAGGAGGCAGGGGGACGGCCCUCACACCUGUCAAUCAACAACAGAUACAGCAGCAGCAGCUUCUGGCAAACAGACUGGAGCUGCCGUUCAUGAUGAUGCCUCACCCGCUCUUGCCCAUGGGGUUGCCGCCAGCGUCUGUUGCCAUGGCGAUGUCUCAGAUGAACCACCUCAGCACCUUCGCCAACAUGGCCGCCGCGGCACAACAGAUCCACACGCACGUCCACCGCGCCCCCGUCAUUAAGGAGCGUGUGUGCGACAGUCCGUCUCUGUCUCCAUCAGGGGAUGAAAACAACACUCCCCUUCAGUCUCAGCCCAGCAGCUCGGCCUCCAGCUCCCCAGAACGACUCGGUCUUGGGUCCAAUGACGAUGGCCCUCUGCCCAACCAGGCUGCACCCAUCAAGAAAAUCACCAAGGACAAAGAGGAGCUGUCUCUGGGCCAGACUCUUCCUCCGGGGUUUCCUGCUCCUUUCCUGUUCGCCGACGGACUCUCGUCUGUGGAAACUCUACUCACCAACAUACAGGGGUUGUUGAAGGUGGCGGUGGAAAACGCUCGGGUUCAGGACAAACAGAUCCAGGCCGAGAAACGAGAGCUGAAGAUGGAGCUGUUCAGGGAGCGAGAGAUGAGGGAGAGUCUGGAGCGGCAGCUGACCUCCGAGCUCCAGAGCAGAGCCUCAAUCCAGAAGCGUCUGAAGAAAGAGAAAAAGGCCAAGAGGAAGCUGCAGGAGGCGCUAGAGUUUGAGUCCAAGAGACGUGAGCGCGUGGAGGACGUCCUGAAGCACUCCUCCUCCUCCUCCCCGUCUCCGGAGCCGCAUCACAACAACAAGAACGACUCGAACGGAGCCGACGAGACACUGGAGCUUAAUGGGAACAAGCAGGACGCUGACAGCAUUCAGGAGUCGCGGUCCUUCCUGAAAACUCCCAUGAUGUUCUAG